AUGAGGGGGGGAGAGGAGGGUGUGGUGGACGUGAGGAGGUAUGACAGUGGGUGGAAUGAGGGAAUGGGAGAUGGAGGUGGGGUUGGUGGGGUUGGUUGGGCUGGCAGUGCCGGUGGGGAGGAUGGGGACGGGGGUGCCGAUAAUGGUUGGGGUGGUGGUGGGGGUGGCGUUGCUGCUGCCAUGUCUGACGCUCACACUCACCUCCCCCCGGCCCCUUCAGCCUGGGAUGAUGCUCCCCCUCCCGCAGCGUCUUCAGGGUGGAGGGAAGCCCCGCCCCCGCCUCCCCCUGCUGGCUGGGUGGAAGCUCCCCCUACUCCCCCUCCACCCACGGGCUGGGGGGAAACUCCCCCUCCCCCUGCCCCUACUGGCUGGGGGGAGGUCCCUGCUGCCCCUCCCUCUGCCCCUACUGGUUGGGGGGAGGUCCCUGCCGCCCCUCCCCCUCCCCCUACUGGUUGGGAGGAGGCGUCCGCAGCUUCCCCUGCCCCUGGUUGGGGUGAUGGAGGGUGGAACGGGGGAGGGACCAUGUUGAUGCGGUGGAGGGCGGUGCUGUGGGGUCGAGAGGAGGGGAGUGGCUGUGGGGAGGAGGAGGAGGAAGAGGAGGAGGAGGAGGAAGAGGAGGAAGAGGAGGAGGAAGAGGAGGAGAGUGAGGAGGAAGAGAGUGAGGAAGAGGAGGAAGAUGAAGAGGAGGAAGAGAAAGGAGAGGAGGGAUGGGAAGAGGUGGCAGAGGAGCAGCACAGGCACAAUGUGCUGUUAGCUGCACAUGAGCCAGCAGCAGGAGCAGCAGGCACACCCGGCGCAACAGACCCAGCAGGUGCAAUAGACCCAGCAGGCACAGCCAGUGCAACAGUGCCAGCAGCAGGUGCAGCAGUGCAUGGUGUGAGAAGCUCCAGCACGGCCACAUGCAGCGAGCCAGACACCACUCCUUACGGCAGCAUGCGGGGUGGCAGCAGCAUGAGGAGCGAGAGCAUGGGCGGGGGGAGCAGGGAGAGCAGCACGCGGGUGCACAGCAUGGCGGCAAGCAGCACAAGAGCCAGCUCACGCAGCAAGCUCUCCCGUGCCUCCUCCUCCAAGGCAAGGAUUGGCUUACUCUGUGUACCCAUGGAUGCUCGCCUGCCGCUGAUGUUUCUGCGCACCACUCAGGCGAACCGCCUUCGUGCCAGCCGCUUUGUUGUGCGCCUGGCAGCGUGGGACCGUUACUCGCGCCAUCCUGACGUGUACCUGGUGAGGACGCUGGGGCCAAUGGGAGCCCUCCACGUGGAGCAGGCAGUGCUGCUGGAUGACAUGGGGCUCGCCUUCCCGCCCUUUGGUGAUGGUGCUCUGCAGGAGAUUCCCCAACCAGUACGAGGGGUGGCAGCAGAGGGCGGGGAGGGGGAGUGGCGGGUACCUGAGGAGGAGAUAGCAAGACGUAGGGACCUGCGGGAUGGGCCUCACUUCAUGUGCAGCAUCGACCCACCUGGCAGCAGGGAUGUGGAUGAUGUGCUUUCCACGGCUCACCUCCCCAACGGUCUCAUCCAGGUGGGAGUGCACAUAGCAGACGUGGCGUUCUUUGCGGCCGGGCACUCUGUUGAGUCGCCUCACAAGUCACAUCACAUCCCUUCCCAUCCCCUGUCCUGCGCACAUCCACACCCCCCCCAGGUGGGAGUGCACAUAGCAGACGUGGCAUUCUUCGUGCGACCGGGCAGUCUGUUGGAUGCAGAGGCGAGGGCGAGGGGCACGUCUGUGUACCUGGCCAACCAGCGCAGCAACAUGCUGCCAGAGGCGCUCAGUGAGGGUCUCUGCUCAUUACUGGGCGGGCGCACGCGGCUGGCAGUGAGUGUCAUCUGGACGCUCGAUCCCUUUCACCGCUUCGCACUCGUUGGGCCGCCGUGGUUCGGCCGAACCGUCAUCCGAUCCAACCACCAGGUGACCGGUGCUGUGGAAAUGGAAAUGCAGUGGUGGAGAUAA